UAGAAUGAUUGAAGAUAGCGGGAAAAGAGGCAAUACCAUGGCAGAAAGAAGACAGCUGUUUGCAGAGAUGAGGGCUCAAGAUCUGGAUCGUAUCCGACUCUCCACCUACAGAACAGCAUGCAAGCUUAGGUUUGUUCAGAAGAAAUGCAAUUUACACCUGGUGGACAUUUGGAACGUCAUAGAAGCAUUGCGGGAAAAUGCUCUGAACAACCUGGACCCAAACAUAGAACUCAAUGUGGCCCGCUUGGAGGCUGUACUUUCCACCAUUUUUUACCAGCUCAACAAACGGAUGCCAACCACUCACCAAAUCCACGUGGAACAGUCCAUCAGCCUCCUGCUUAACUUCCUGCUUGCAGCCUUUGAUCCGGAAGGCCAUGGUAAAAUUUCAGUAUUUGCUGUCAAAAUGGCUUUAGCCACGUUGUGUGGAGGGAAGAUCAUGGACAAAUUACGAUAUAUUUUCUCAAUGAUUUCUGACUCUAGCGGGGUGAUGAUUUAUGGACGAUAUGACCAGUUCCUCCGGGAAGUUCUCAAACUACCCACAGCAGUUUUUGAAGGUCCUUCCUUUGGUUACACAGAACAGUCAGCUAGAUCAUGUUUCUCUCAACAGAAAAAAGUCACAUUAAAUGGUUUCUUGGACACACUUAUGUCUGAUCCUCCUCCCCAGUGCCUGGUCUGGUUGCCCCUUCUACAUCGACUGGCAAAUGUAGAAAAUGUCUUCCAUCCGGUUGAGUGUUCCUACUGCCACAGUGAGAGUAUGAUGGGAUUUCGCUACCGAUGCCAACAGUGUCACAAUUACCAGCUCUGUCAGGACUGCUUCUGGAGGGGACAUGCCGGCGGUUCCCAUAGCAACCAGCACCAAAUGAAAGAGUACACGUCGUGGAAAUCACCUGCUAAGAAGCUAACUAAUGCAUUAAGCAAGUCUCUGAGUUGUGCUUCCAGCCGUGAACCUCUGCACCCCAUGUUCCCUGACCAGCCUGAGAAACCUCUCAACCUGGCCCACAUCGUUGAUACUUGGCCUCCCAGACCUGUAACCAGCAUGAAUGACACCCUGUUCUCCCACUCUGUUCCCUCCUCAGGAAGUCCUUUUAUUACCAGGAGUAUGCUUGAUAGCUCAACCCGGCUUGAUGAAGAACACAGGCUGAUCGCCAGGUACGCAGCAAGACUGGCAGCAGAGUCCUCCUCGUCUCAGCCAAGUCAGCAGAGAAAUGCUCCUGACAUCUCCUUCACCAUUGAUGCAAAUAAGCAACAAAGGCAGUUGAUUGCAGAACUAGAAAACAAGAACAGAGAAAUCUUACAGGAGAUCCAAAGGCUGCGGCUAGAGCACGAACAAGCUUCUCAGCCCACCCCAGAGAAGGCGCAACAGAACCCCACUCUGCUGGCAGAACUCCGGCUCCUCAGACAGCGCAAGGAUGAGCUGGAACAGAGGAUGUCUGCUCUCCAGGAGAGCCGGAGAGAGCUAAUGGUCCAGUUAGAAGGGCUCAUGAAGCUACUAAAGACCCAAGGGGCAGGUUCUCCUCGUUCCUCUCCCAGCCACACCAUCAGCAGGCCAAUCCCCAUGCCCAUCCGGUCAGCAUCCACCUGCUCCACCCCGACGCACACGCCUCAGGACUCUCUCACCGGGGUCGGGGGAGAUGUACAAGAGGCUUUUGCACAAAGUUCAAGAAGAAAUUUAAGGAACGAUUUGCUGGUGGCAGCAGACUCCAUAACUAACACCAUGUCUUCCCUUGUGAAAGAGCUAAAUUCCGAGGUGGGGAGUGAAACAGAGAGUAAUGUGGAUUCUGAAUUUGCAAGGACUCAGUUUGAGGAUCUGGUUCCAUCACCAACCUCUGAAAAGGCUUUUCUCGCACAAAUCCACGCCCGAAAACCUGGGUACGUUCACGGUGGAGCCACCACAAGUACCAUUCGCAGUGACAUUGUUACAGAAGAUGGGGAUCCCUAUGUGCAGCCCGAGGACGAGAACUAUGAAAAUGACUCCGUCCGGCAGCUGGAGAACGAGCUCAAGAUGGAGGAAUACCUGAAACAGAAGCUGCAGGAUGAAGCCUAUCAGGUCAGCUUGCAAGGUUGAAUGCAAUAUCCUUUUAUCACUCUCCUCUCAAGCAAGCUAUAGUCAGAUGAUGAAAGUAACAUGAGAGCUGGUGAUGCUGGAGAGUGCUGCACCCACACAGAGGAGAAGACAGCAGCAUGGCACCCACCUCAUGGAAAAGAGGAACCACCACACGCAGCCGCUCCCGACAAACCCCCACCCCUAAAGAUGUGUUCUGCUGACUGUAGUGCAGCCAACGUUUUGUUCUGAGAUUUGUAGCUCAUAGGUGUGUGUUUUGAGAAGGAAAAAAAAAAAAAAGACUUUUAUUUAAAGCUAACUUAACAGCUCCAUCUUCUGUAGCCUGGCUCGGUCCUGGUAAAGAACACAGGUUGAACCCCAUGCUGCUGUUCUACACGAUGGCAG